AACUAUAAGACUGGAAUCCUAUUUAAAAUAAGUUAUACUCCAUGUAUGUAUGAUAUGUCAAAAUAUACUCUACUGUCAUGUAUAUCUAAAAAGAUUAUUUUUUUAAAAGACCAUAGGAAAGAAGCAUUAUAAAGACAUUUUAUCUCUCAAAUAUAACGUCUUACAAUUUUCUUCUUUGCCCAUCCCUUGCCACAAUUCUGAAUUGAAGAGCUGCCUUUUUUUUUUAGUACUGGGGAUUGAACUUAGCACUUCUCAAGCAUGCUAGGCAAAUGUUCUACCACUGAGCUAUGCUCAGUCUGAGCUGCAUUGCCAGAGUCCGGCUGCAACAAAAUAACCAGGGGUGAGGAACAACUCUUGUAGAUCCAUACAGCAGGAAUGGGAGCCGUUUAUUGCAGGACAGGAGGGGUAUUUAUGCAUUCCACACAGCUUAUCUUAAUUAGCAUAAACUAGAUACAGCAGUCAACCAAUAAGGAAUCUCCACACUUAAUGGCUCGAUUUUGUUACUUCACAAACCAUCCCCCCUGGCAUUUUGCCAGGAGCCAUCCUGACUUGUUUACAGACUCUAACACUGCAUAAUUUAUGAAACCAAAAUUUGUAAUUUAUUGCCCUUCUUGAAGGACCUUCUCAGUCACCAUUUAUAUCAAUAAGUCCCAAAUUUGUCUCUGAACCUCCAACCUCUUUCCUUAACUUUGUUUAUAUGAUGGAAAAUCAUUUAAAUAACUAUUGAUUCUCUAUGGACACCUCAAAGUCAACAGAUUUCAAAUUAAAAUUUUCCUUUCUUCAAGCUAAAAUUACCUUGUCCACCUCAAUAUGCCUAUUCCCCUUCUCCUCUUUCUGUGUUUACUAUUUCAGAUAAAUAACACUAACAACCACUCAGUUCUCUAAGCUUGAAAACAAAGUAUAUUUAUUUUGCUCCUUCCUAUCUCACUUUUUGUACAUGUAAUCUAACACCACAUCUCCCAUUAUUUCAUCAUUCUAAUACAAUUGCAGUGUUACAUUUCUAGUUGAGACCAAAGUCACCUCUUACCUAUAUUAUUGCAACCAAUUCUAAUCAGUCUUUAUUCUUUUGAUCAGUCUCAAUCUCUUUCUAAUUUUCUGUCAACUCUGAAACAAGAUUAACUUUUUAAAAAAUUAACCUUUGAUUAUGUCACUUUUCUGUUUGGAACCCUUUAAAAAUCUUGCAUUUGCACUUAGUGUUAUCUCCAAAUGCUUUAACAUGCUUUACAGACUCUUUACUUGUCUUUCUAAUUUCAAUUCUUGCCAUUUUUUUAUCCUGCUCUAUGCCUCAGUCAUAUUGAUCUUAUCUCUCUUCUUCCAAAACACCUUUCUCAUUUUGGAUUUGCAUACUCAUGUUUUUAGUUUGACUGGAAAUUUUUAUCCCAAACCAAAUUUUUGUUUGUAUUACUACUACUCAGUUUUCAUGUAUCAAUUUAGAAUAUACUUCUCCAAAAAAAAUCUUUUCAGUACUUCUAAAUUUUGGUUAGGGCAUCCUGAUCUAUCCUCUUAGAGUAGCAUGAACUUUCCUUAUCUGGCAGGCAUUGUGCUCUAUUUUAAAUAUAUAAUAAUUUUUCUGUCUCUUUCAUAGCAGAAACUGUGUCUGGUUACCAUUCUAAUUCCUAACACUUAUAGUUAUGCCUAUCACAAAGUAUAUGCUCAAUAAUUAUCUGCUGAAUAAAUUAUGAAUAGAUAAAUAAAAUAUUUAGAAUUGUUUCUCUGGAAAUGCUGGGUCUACAAAAUGAUGUUUUACAACUAAACUGGGGUCUUGUUUUUUUUUUUCAAAUUUUAAUGUUGCCAUGAUGUGGAUGUAGAUUAUCUUACUUUAUUUACUGUUGAGCAUUUGAUUUUCUACCUUACCAGGUUAAGUCUUCAAUGGUGUAUCCCCAAGUAAAUGGUACCAUUUACCUGACCUAAAAUUCCCACCUUACCCCCAAACAACUACUCACAUAUUCUAGGUUCACUUUCAAGUGCAUAGCAUCUUUCUUGCUGUCUUUCCAGAGUAUUUGCUAAUAACUAGAGAAAACCUCUAAAUUCCUAUUUCCAGUUUUCCUGAGAACCUCUUACUUGCUAAGUCAAUUGCAUGCAAGGGUCCUCUUAACUAUCUUUAUUGUCUUCACAAAGAGAUCAUAACUUAAAUUUGACGAAGGGACUACAUCUUAAAUAAGAUUUUAUAUCUACCACUGUUCCAGCAAAUUAUGGUUUUAUUGUGUAAAUGACUCAAUGAUAACAGGAUCAUAUUUCAUAAAGAACACAACUCUGAUAGGAAAAUAUAAUUUUAAUUAAGAAACACAUAGAUAAUAUUUCAUCUAGAACUUAUUUGACUUUGUCUAAAACCUGAAAAUCUGCAGAGUCACAUGGUGGCGCUGCAGGAUAAGAUGCAGAAAUUUUCAUAGGAGCAGAUGCUCUCCUUUCCCUUAACUAGUGAAACUGAGAGUGCUGGAGAAAACAGGAGAAAGGCGGCUUUUCAAAGUAAGACAGGGCAACAACAUCCUCUGGACAGGGUUGCAAAUCUAUAGAUUGUCUAAAGUCCAAGAUAUAGGAGCAACUCCCAGAGCUGCUAGAGAUUGAGUUGAAACGUUUCCACGGAAAGGAGUUCAACUAAGAAGCCAUGGAUCUGCAAGAGAGAAUUGCUCAGCAGAUAAGGCAAGUGCUGCUUUCCUUUGUUUUGCUGGGAGGGUCUUUGGUGUGUUCUGAGACCUGGAGAUAUUCUGUGGCAGAGGAAAUGGAGAUUGGCUCCUUCAUAGCCAAUGUAAUAAAAGAUAUGGAUUCCAGUGUGGAAGAUCUGGCUGCACGGAGGGCCAGAGUCAUCUUUGAUGACUAUAAACCUUACUUGAGGUUGGAACAGCAGACUGGAAACUUGGUCUUAAAUGAGCAACUGGACCGGGAGGCACUUUGUGAUAUCACUGAGCCCUGUAUAUUGCAUUUCCAGGUGUUAUUUGAAAAUCCUUUGCAAUUUUUUCGGGCUGAGCUUUUGAUCAAAGACAUAAAUGAUCACACUCCCAUGUUCCUAGAUGAACACAUACUUCUAAAAAUAUCUGAAGGUACUACACCAGGAACUUCAUUUCAAAUGGAUAGUGCUCAGGACUUAGAUGUAGGAAGGAAUGGUGUUCAAACCUAUACAGUAAGCCCCAAUCCUUACUUCCACCUUAACAUACAAGAGAGUGUUGAGGGCAGAAAAUACCCAGAGCUGGUAAUUGACCAAUCUUUGGAUCGGGAAAAGGAGCCUGAAAUUAUUUUAACUUUAACAGCCUUAGAUGGAGGGUCCCCACCAAGGACUGGGACUUCACUGAUUCAAGUUGUUGUCCUUGAUAUCAAUGAUAAUGCCCCAGAGUUUGAGAGACCAGUCUACGAGGUGCAGGUCCCAGAGAACAGCCCUGUGGGCUCCUUGAUAAUCACAGUGUCUGCUACAGAUUUAGACGCAGGAAUAAAUGGAGAACUAUCUUAUUCAUUUUCUCAUAUCGCUAGAGAUGUGCGGAAAACAUUUGAAAUCCACCCAAUUUCUGGUAACAUCCAUUUGAAAACAAUUCUUGAUUUUGAGAUUAUUCAAUCUUAUACAAUAAAUAUUCAGGCCAUUGAUGGUGGGGGUCUUUCUGGAAAAUCAGUCAUUAUAGUUCAGGUUGUAGAUGUGAAUGACAACCCACCAGAAAUAGCCAUGACAUCUCUUACUGGCCUCAUACCAGAAAACUCUUCACCAGAGAUGGUGGUUGCUGUUUUCAGUAUCCGGGACAAAGAUUCUGGGGACAAUGGGAGGAUGAUUUGCUCAAUUCAAGACAACCUCCCCUUUCUCUUGAAGCCUACUUUCAAGAAUUUCUACACUCUGGUAACAGAGUACCCCCUGGACAGAGAGAUAAGAAUGGAAUAUAAUCUCACCAUCACGAUCACGGAUUUAGGAACACCCAGAUUGAAAACCACACACAACAUAACUGUAGUGGUCUCCGACGUCAACGACAACGCCCCUGCCUUCUCCCAAACGUCCUAUACUCUGUUGGUGAGAGAAAACAACAGCCCUGCCUUGCAAAUAGGCAGUGUCAGUGCCACAGACAGAGACUCAGGCACCAAUGCCCGGAUCACCUACUCGCUGCUGCCAACCCAGGAUCCGCACCUGCCCCUCGCCUCCCUGGUCUCCAUCAACGCAGACAAUGGGCAGCUGUUCGCGCUGAGGUCGCUGGACUUUGAGGCCCUGCAGGCGUUCGAGUUCCGCGUGGGCGCCACAGACCAAGGCUCGCCCGCGCUCAGCAGCCAGGCGCUGGUGCGAGUGGUGUUGGUCAUCGCCUUGGCCUCUGUGUCAUCGCUCUUCCUCUUCUCUGUGCUGGUGUUCGUGGUUGUGAGGCUGUGCAGGAGGCGCAGGGCGGCGCCACUGGGUGUGUAUUCGGUGCCUGAGGGCCACUUUCCUGGACACCUGAUGGAUGUCAGCAGCACUGGGACCCUGUCUCAGAGCUACCAGUAUGAGGUUUGUCUAAAGGAAGGUUCAGGGACUAGCGACUUCAAGUUUCUGCAGUCUAUUAAUCACAACCAUCAAGGGACUGUGAAUGACACGGUGUAAAAUUCUAGCUUCGCAAAUUGUUUUGGAUAAUUAGUGACUGUUGGUUUUCAGAUCAUUCAGGAUAAAGGUUAAUUUCUUUCUAAGUAUAAUAGAUCUCCAUUAUAUUUUGGGUUCAUAUAAAAUUUUCUAAUGUUUUUCGUUGAUUUUUCUAGUUAAUAAGAAAUUUUUCUCUAAUAUAGUCUCAUUAUUUCCUUCUCUUUUAUCAUUUUUACUUGACGGUGACAAUAAAAUUUCAACUUUACUCAUUACUGAAAAGUUGCUGAUAUCUCUUCUAUCAACAUUUUUUAAGUGUUAGUUAUUGAACCCCCCAAGGGUGCUUCAACAUUGAGAAACAUCCCCAGCAUCUUUUUAUUUUUUAUUUUGUGACCAGAUUUUUCUAAUUUGCUUAUGACCUUGCUAAAUUGCUGAGGCUGGCCUGGAACAUGUGAUCUUCCUGCCUCAGCCUCUGGAGCUGCUGGGCAUGAGCCACUGUGCUCAGCUUAUUUAUCAGCAUUUCAACAUCAAAUAGUACUGAUUUGAAUAUGAUGCCAGCCCCAUUCUAUUUCAUUGUUGUCUAGUAAUUUUUUUUCUAAAUUUGGUGAUUUGAAAACAAGCAUAAUAUAAUGAAUUUUUAGUAUUUCCUGUUUAAUCUGAUAAUAUGCUUUCCUGUGUAGCAUAUUUAAAUGGAGAAAUAUCUGUAAAAAUGCAUGGCUUUAUUUUAUAGUAGGAUUACAUGAGAAACACCAUAAUUUCUCCCCAACUUAAGUCUUUCCUACUCUUUAUAUCAACUUUCAGUAUCUAAUUAUCAGAUUUUCUCAAGCAUUGCAAGUGAUAUUAUGUUUGGCUAAAUAUGUGAAAGAAAUACCGAAAGUCAAUCCUCUGAGAGACAAGAAGUACCACAGUCUGGCUGGGCACAAAUCACGAGCCACUAAAGCAGGAACAAACUUUAUUUCUGAACUCCACCAGCACACUACACACACGCUCCCCGGGAAUUUUCCCCAAUGCCACUGGGCUGAUCCAGGAACCAGCAACUGGAAAUAUCCCUCCUGGGCACUUCCCCCAACCAAUGGGAACUCUCUGGGAAUCCCCUGGAGAGCUCAACUGGAACUCAAGGGGAACUCCUCGAGAACUCACUGGCAUCACCUCUCAACCACUUCUUCUGGCAAAAAUGCCAUGCAUCAUCGCAACUCGGCUGUGGCCCUCAACAGGAAGGAGAUAUCCAAAAAAUAACUUUGGUGUAGAUUUUCCUGUUGUAGAAGUUUCAUUUCCUUCCAAUAAGUUUUGUCUCCUGGGAUUAUUAAAAAUAAAUUUUCUGGGCUGGGAAUAUAGCUCAGUUGGUAGAGUGUUUGCUUUGCAUGCAUGAGGUCCUGGGUUCAAUCCCCUGCAUCACAGAAUAAAAUAACUUUCUUCUAAGAUAGCUAAGUGAUGCUUUUUUCUUGUUUAACAGCAUGUUUAGAUAUUCUUGAAUAUACUGGUGAAGUAGAGCUUACUAUUAAUUUGAGAUUUUAUUAUGACUUUUAAAAAAUAUUUAUCUUUUAGUUAUAGAUGGACAC